AUGAUUGUUUGUACUCAGCCAGAUGUUGAUCCAUUGAAAUACAGUGAUUACGGCUGCUAUUGUGGCUUCGGAGGAGGGGGAACUCCAGUGGAUGAAGUGGACAAGUGCUGUCAAACUCAUGAUAAUUGCUAUGAAAAAAGCCGAAUGACUCCAGAAUGUAAUUCAAUAAUAUACAGUCCCUACAUUCUUGUUUAUAAAUACAGCUGUUCUGAUAAACAGGUGACAUGCUCAGAGGCCAACGAGAAGUGUCGGGCGGCUGUGUGUGAGUGUGACCGUGCAGUGUCUCAGUGCCUCGCUCAGAACAAAUAUGACCCAGCAAACAAAAACCUGGAUGCCAAAAAACGCUGCGCCAAAGACUCACAUUAA